AUGAUCAGGGAAACCCUACAGGAAGGUUUGCAAAACGAAUCACAAACCGAGAAUGUACGCAAACUUCCUGCUAAAACCAGGUAUGGAUGUAACAGCUACUUCAAAGGGAACCUAGUAAAAGUCGUCUGUAUCUACAAAGAAUGUUUCGCCUACAGCAAGCACGCAUCUGGCGAAAUAUGUGACUAUUUUGUGUGA